AUGUCUUCUCUUGCAGCCGCCAGGGCAGAUAACUUUUACUAUCCACCAGAAUGGGAACCAAAGAAGGGUGGGUUGAACAAGUUCCACGGUCAGCAUGCUCUGAGGGAGAGAGCAAGAAAAUUAGAUCAAGGCAUCUUGAUUAUAAGGUUUGAGAUGCCCUUUAAUAUCUGGUGCGGUGGAUGUGAGUCCAUGAUUGGCAAGGGUGUGAGGUUUAAUGCAGAGAAAAAGCAAGUGGGGAAUUACUACUCAACAAAGAUAUGGAGCUUCACAAUGAAGUCCGCGUGCUGCAGGCAUGAGAUUGUCAUUCAUACCGAUCCACAGAAUUGUGAGUAUGUUAUCAUCAGUGGGGCCCGAAAGAAGGUUGAGGAAUACGAUGCUGAAGAUGCUGAAACUUUGGUGCUCCCGGUCGAUGAUGAUACAAGCAAGCUCUCGGAUCCUUUCAAGCGUCUCGAGCACCAAGAAGGCGACAUUAAGAAGAAGAAAGAAGCCGAACCCACUCUCGUUCGCCUUCAGCGGCUUUCCGACUCGAGGCACUCGGAUGACUACACUAUAAACAGGUCUCUUCGGGCCAGGCUCAGGGACCAAAAGAAACGAGUGGCCCAAGAAGAGGCCGAUUCCAGGAAAUCGGGCCUUGGAAUAAGACUGCUCCCGACCUCCAAAGAUGAUGCAGCUGCUGCGUCGCGCAUCAAAUUCGCCACCAAUUUCGAGAGGAAUAGGAGAGACAAGAGGGCACUGAUUCAAGCAGCUUCGAUUUUUUCUGGGCCGUCCAAUUCAUCGGGCCCACAAAGAAGGCGUUUGGAGCUUGAGGCCAAGAAGAGAAAGAUAGAUGCUACCAAGGCAUCGAGAUUGUUGGGUGGGGGAAUUAAGCCUUCGUCGUGGGCUCGGGCUUAA